AAGGAAUCAAGGAAGUGACAAAUGGCGAUAACACUGGCAAAUCCAAGAUAAGAAAACAAUCACCACUGCUUCUUUCCUCCUCUUUCCCUUUCUUCUCCGCAUUUCAGUAGCCCAAUGGUGCUCUCUUCUACAUUACCAGCGAAUCCAUCGCAUACUGCGCCCUUUUCCACUACUCUGCGCUUCAAGUUUCUGCUCCCCACUCUCUCUACUCCUUCUCUUAGGCCUUCAGGACGACGACCACACAGGCUUCGCUUCAGAAUCAAUGCCAGUGCCAACGGAAGCGUCGUCGCUGCGCCUCAGAAGCCCGCCGCCGACACCACUGCUUACGGCAGGCAGUACUUCCCUUUAGCUGCCGUCGUCGGACAGGAUGCUAUUAAAACUGCUCUUCUACUUGGGGCGAUUGACCGCAAUAUAGGAGGAAUUGCGAUAUCUGGAAAACGUGGGACGGCCAAAACUGUGAUGGCUCGUGGAUUGCAUGCAGUUCUGCCUCCAAUUGAAAUAGUUAAAGGCUCCAUUUCAAAUGCUGAUCCUACCUGUCCUGAAGAGUGGGAAGAUGGACUUGCUGAUAGAGUAGAGUAUGACUCCGCUGGUAAUAUUAAGACAGAGAUAAUUAAAUCUCCUUUUGUUCAGAUUCCCCUUGGUGUAACUGAAGAUAGAUUGAUUGGAUCAGUUGAUGUUGAGGAGUCUGUGAAAUCUGGAACCACUGUUUUUCAACCUGGCCUUCUGGCAGAAGCUCAUCGAGGAGUUUUGUAUGUUGAUGAGAUUAAUCUGCUGGAUGAGGGCAUUAGCAAUUUACUUCUGAAUGUGUUGACAGAGGGAGUUAAUAUUGUAGAAAGAGAGGGUAUAAGCUUUAGGCAUCCAUGCAAACCAUUGCUAAUAGCUACAUAUAACCCUGAAGAAGGUGCUGUCCGUGAACAUUUAUUGGACCGGAUUGCAAUAAAUUUGAGUGCAGAUCUUCCAAUGAGUUUUGAAAACCGUGUUGCAGCAGUAGACAUAGCAACACAGUUUCAGGAGCGCAGUGUUGAAGUUCUUAAAAUGGUGGAUGAAGAAACAGAUUUUGCUAAAACACAGAUAAUUUUGGCUAGGGAGUAUCUAAAGGAUGUUACAAUUAGUCGAGAGCAGCUAAAAUACUUGGUUAUGGAAGCUGUCCGUGGUGGUUGUCAGGGGCAUAGAGCUGAACUGUAUGCUGCUCGUGUUGCCAAAUGCUUAGCUGCUCUUGAAGGCCGUGACAAAGCCAGUGUUGAUGACCUGAAGAAAGCUGUAGAAUUGGUCAUCCUUCCACGCUCAAUUAUUAGUGAAAACCCACCUGACCAGCAAAACCAACAGCCACCUCCACCUCCCCCUCCUCAAAAUCAGGAUUCUUCAGAAGAGCAGAAUGAAGAGGAAGAUCAAGAGGAGGACAAAGAUGAGGAAAAUGAGCAGCAACAGGAACAGAUACCUGAAGAGUUUAUCUUUGAUGCAGAAGGUGGUUUGGUGGAUGAGAAGCUUCUCUUCUUUGCACAACAAGCACAGAGGCGCAAAGGAAAAGCUGGCCGAGCCAAGAAUGUUAUUUUCUCUGAAGAUAGAGGUCGAUAUAUUAAGCCAAUGCUUCCUAAGGGUCCAGUCAAGAGGUUAGCUGUUGAUGCAACUUUAAGAGCAGCUGCACCAUAUCAGAAGUUACGUAGAGAGAAGGACAUUCAAAAAAGUAGAAAAGUUUUUGUAGAGAAAACUGACAUGAGAGCCAAAAGAAUGGCACGCAAAGCGGGAGCCUUGGUGAUAUUUGUAGUUGAUGCUAGUGGAAGUAUGGCAUUAAAUAGGAUGCAGAAUGCCAAGGGAGCAGCAUUGAAGCUACUUGCAGAAAGUUAUACAAGUAGAGAUCAGGUUUCCAUUAUUCCUUUCCGUGGAGAUUCUGCAGAAGUUCUGUUGCCUCCUUCAAGGUCAAUCUCAAUGGCAAGAAAGCGUCUUGAGAGACUUCCCUGUGGUGGGGGUUCUCCGCUUGCUCAUGGACUAACUACGGCAGUUAGAGUUGGGAUGAAUGCAGAGAAGAGUGGUGAUGUUGGACGCAUAAUGAUCGUUGCAAUUACUGAUGGUAGAGCAAACAUAUCACUAAAAAGAUCUACUGAUCCUGAAGCAGCAGCCUCUUCUGAUGCACCCAGACCCUCUGCUCAAGAGCUGAAGGAUGAAAUACUUGAGGUAGCUGGUAAAAUAUACAAAGCGGGAAUGUCCCUCCUUGUUAUUGAUACCGAGAACAAGUUUGUGUCCACUGGCUUUGCAAAAGAAAUUGCAAAAAUUGCUCAAGGGAAGUAUUAUUAUUUGCCAAAUGCUUCAGAUGCUGUUAUCUCUGCAACAACAAAGGAUGCAUUGGCUGCUCUAAAGAGCUCAUAAACCUUAAAACUACUUGUUUCUCCUGACUGGGCCGCUGACUAGGUAAUGAACAUGUGAGACUAUUGAGUCUCUAACCCAAUUUUCUCAACAUUGCACCAUAGUCUCGACAACAAUGCAUUGAAAGUUAUUGAGUCAACUAAUGUUUAAUCUCUUGAAACAUAA